UAUGAAGUUUUCAAUCCUGCUUUCCGCUCUACCGCGUCCAGCGUGGCAAGGAAGUACUCGUGAAUGCGCCUAGGUGGAACCCCGGAGCGGCCGGUUCCCUUGCAAUACCCAACAAAGGAACAUCUAGGCAGCAUAGUGUGUCGCUCGGAACGCCAUUACGAGCACAGAUUGACCGGUUCGACAACACGAGACACGAGGCUAGUGGCAUAUUUGUGAUGCAACAUUGCUGCUGACAUGCUGUAUCGUAAUAUCGACAUCAAAAUCACCAAAUACAGGCUUAAGCAUGUCGGCGUCAAUCAUGUAUAAAUAUUCGUGCUUCGUCUCAUAACCAAGCAUUCGAUUCCAAGAAGACACCGCUAGACAAAAGCAUCCUCUUCUCGCCGGCCUCACGACUUCCAUCAUUCCUCAAGACUUCAACUCCCACCCUGUUGUAAGACCAUCGCCAGUCUAAUAAGAUGAAGUUCCUCACCCCUCUCGCCGCGCUUCUCAGCACCGCCUCGGCGGCCGCCAUCAGCCCGCGCCAGGCCCCUGAGUCGGUCACGGUCAAGGUCACCAACCUGCAAUGCCAGCCCCGUGGCACAACUUGCUUCCUCACCUUCGAGGUCCGCUCAAGCGCUUCCUCUCCACCUCUGAUCUGUACCGCCACAACCCAGGCCACCACCACCAUCCCGUCCGUUCCCAACGAGAGCUGCUCGGACCCCAACGCUGUCUUUUCCUUCACUGCUGAAGGCCCCAGCCGUCCCGCCUUCCUCUCCUUCACCUGGACGUCCGACUGGGCGAGAGGUGUGCAGAAGGUGCACGCGGCCCGCGCCUUUUCCACUGGAGACUUUUCCAGGGACCAGACUGGCACGCAGAGCUACGUGGGCCCCAGUGAGUUUGUCAUUUCCGGCGUUACCACGAGCUUGAUCAUCAGGCAGUGAUGAUUUUUUUGGAGUUUUUAUCCACAUCAGCUUUUGCGUGAUAUGGAUUGUACUCGGAUUUUCAGAUAUACUAGACUUAGGAUGGCUGGCCGGGAACACGAAAGGCAGUACAAUAGACAAUAAGCCCAUAGACUUAAUAAUUACUACUACUUCCA